GUCUUGCUUAGCACACUGUGUGGCAUAGGGGGUAACAGGGGGCUCAGCACAGGGCUGCUCUGUGCCCUAGCUGGUGCCUGGCCCUCUCUGCGUCUCAGCAGAAGGCUCCUCCUCUUAUGCUGUCCUUUCCAUUUGUUCAGGACCAUUUCUUCUUCUCCUUUAAAAAAAAAAAAAAACAAGGUAAAACACACUGAGAGUAAUUUCAUAAUCACAAAACUGCCCUCCUAAUUGGGCCCUUCGUUUACUCCCUGACCUUACCACCCGCCAGGGAGGUGGGCUUUACCCUGGGCAUGGUGCCAAGUUCUUAGCUCAGCCCAUUGGAAUCUCCAAAGGAAAUUAGACUAAAGAGAGGGAAGCCAGCAGGGGGAGGCAGCCUUGCUGGUGCCCAGUUUGGUCUAGGCGGCAUUGAAAUUCCUGGGCCAAAGUCCCCGAGACAAAGAUCAUAAUGAGACAGGAAGGUGGCAUAGGAAGGAGUCCAUUUGCAUGACAAUAAUUGAGCCAAGAAUAGAAAACUAGAGGGAUGCAAGGGUGAGGCUGGCAGCUGAGCUGGGCAAAACCUCACAAAUCAGGAGACCCAGCUCUGCUCUGCAGGAGAGGCGGGGGCUGAGCCUUGUGCCAGGAUCUGGGGAGGGAGAAGCAGGAAGAAGGACAUGCCCCCAGGGGAUUGUGGGAACCUGUGGCCAGUGGGGACUUUGCCUUACUCCUCCCUCAGCCCAGAGCCAGCCUUUUCUUGUUUACCUUCUCCUCUGUGAGCUUGGUGGAUGGCUGCAGGGCUGACUGAGUGGGCAUCAUGACUGCUGGGAAGGAGGUCUAUGAUGCCGUUGUGGUUGGGGCAGGCAUCCAGGGCUGUUUUACCGCAUACCAUCUGGCCAAACACAGGAAAAGUGUCCUCCUGCUGGAGCAGUUCUUCCUGCCACACUCUCGAGGAAGCUCCCAUGGGCAGAGCCGGAUAAUCCGAAGGGCGUACAUUGAAGACUUUUACACCCAGAUGAUGGAGGAGUGCUAUAAGCUGUGGGCCCAGCUGGAGCAGGAGUCUGAGACACAACUACAGAGGCAGACUGGAUUACUGAUCCUGGGAAAGAAGGAGGAUCCAGAAUUAAAGACAAUUCAGGUCACUCUGUCCAGGCAUGGGGUAGAUCACCAGUGUCUUGCCUCUGAGGAACUGAAGCAACGUUUCCCCAACAUUCGGCUGACCAGGGGAGAAGUGGGGCUCUUGGACAAGACGGGAGGAGUCCUCUAUGCAGACAAGGCCCUCAGAGUCCUCCAGGAAGCCAUUCGACGACUGGGAGGCAUUGUGCGUGAUGGAGAGAAGGUGACGGAGAUAAAGCCAGGGUUACCAGUCACAGUGAAAACCAUCUCCAGGAGCUACCAAGCCAAGAGUUUGAUCAUCACAGCAGGUCCUUGGACCAACAGGCUCCUCCAUCCAUUGGGAAUUCAGCUGCCUCUUCAGACCCUACGGAUCAAUGUGUGUUACUGGCCAGAGAAAGCUCUGGGGAGCUAUAGUGUGUCCCAUGCCUUCCCAUGCUUCCUGAGCUUGGACUCCAGCGACGCUCCUCACCACAUCUACGGGCUGCCCUCUGGGGAGUACCCAGGGCUCAUGAAGAUCUCCUAUCACCACGGCAACAAUGCGGAUCCUGAGGAGCGGGACUGCCCUGCAGCAUUCUCAGACAUCCAGGAUGUCCAGAUCCUGAGCCGCUUUGUCAGAGACCAUUUACCUGACCUAGAGCCUGAGCCGGCCAUCAUGGAGCACUGCAUGUACACGAACAGUCCUGAUGGAAACUUCAUUCUUGACAGACACCCCAAAUACAACAACAUUAUCAUUGGUGCUGGAUUCUCUGGGCAUGGAUUCAAGCUGUCCCCUGUUGUCGGAAAGAUCCUGUACGAAUUAAGCAUGAAAUUAACACCUUCUUACAACUUGACACCUUUUCGAAUCAGCCGAUUUCCUGGUCUUGGAAAAGCUCACCUUUGAGUCCUGGUGGGCAGCCUCCCUUGUGUGCACUGGAGCCAGGAAUAAAGCUCUCCCCAGGAAAGAUUUCUUAGAUGAAAGGAAGUGGCCAUGAAAUGAUAUCAUUUCCUCCUGUCUCUCCUGAGACCCCUGUAAAGAUCAGCUGAUUGAAUCUAUCUCCUUUCUCUGGUCAGUUCUGUGAUCUACUACUGCUUUGCUUCUAGAAGGUCAAUCAGAUAUUCUAUAACCAGAGUAGUGAAACCCUUGGAGAUGGAUGUUCCAGAAAGGAGGGGGCAAAAGGACUGACUAGGAGACCAAAGCAGUUGUCAAAGCUCUUUUUGAUGGUCACUGGAUGAAGUAGGAACAGAUCUGACUAAACCUGCCCAAGAGAUCAAGAUGACCUCCUGUAGAUCACUGCUGCCCUGGAUGUUCCUUAUCCCACAACUACCUUUCGUCAUGAUUCUCAUAAAAUCUAGUUCACCUUGCAUCAAUAUUUGUUGUGGAAAAUGUUGAAUAAAUAAAUGAAGAGCUGCAUGGCAUUAAAGUCUA